AUGGUUGUCACAACCAGAAGAGCAGAACAAACCAGGGUCGUCACUCCUGACGGUCAUGUACAAACAAUACAUUCAAACUCCCCGCCGUCGAUGCAUUCAUCCCUAGCCGAGAGACCCCCUGGCGAGAUGCUCCAGCCAGUAUUACAAUCCGUCGGUCCACAAAUGCAGGCAGUCGAACCCAGGAUAGCACAGUUGAACUAUCGCGCACCUAUGCGUGAAAUGCAAGGGGAAAACUUGGUACAAGACCAACCCCCGCCCCCAGGAGUUCAUUUUGGAAUGCCUUUCCACACUUUUGCCCCACCAGUCAUUCCCGUCCCACGAGCCCAUCGUCCACUACCAGCCCAAAGUCUACCAGUAGCCAUGCACAACGAUUACCGAGCACCGAUGGUCACCCCGUUCCCUAUGGGACCAUACGCCUCUUUCCCUCAGCUUUACCCAACUGGUUUUCCUUUCCAUGGUUACGCUGCCCAACCCCAGAAUUCGGCCGUCCCGCUGCACCAAGUGUCCUAUCAAAACCAGGGUCAACAACCGUAUGUCGCCCAACAGCCUUUCAAUCACGCCCCAGCCCUCUCCUACUCCAUUGAAGCCCCUCAACCACAAGCGGACCGGCCCGCCCGAAACAACAACCUACGAGUCACGCCAGCUCAUACGUCGGGGCGCAACAAACCCCUGACUGAUAUCCUCCGGUUAACUCCCAUACCCCUUGGUUUUAAAGGGCCCUCCAAUAUCGCCACAUAUGUCGGAGAUGCCGAUCCUUUUGAAUGGAUCCAGAAAUUUGAGGCAGCAAUGACUCUCCAUGGUGAAACCGACCUCCUCAUGUGCAGGACCAUCCCCACGCUACUUGGGGGGCGAGCUUUAACAUGGUACACCACCCUACCGACUGGUAGUAUCGCUUCAUGGGACGAGUUGGCGAGCAAGUUUCAGUCUCACUUUGCAACCAGUCGCCCUGUGCCAAAAUCUGUCCACUCUCUAGAAAAAAUACGCCAACAGCAAGGCGAGUCCCUCAGGUCCUUUUUAGACUGCUUUGAUAAGGAGGCCCUACAGGUGCAAGGCCUGGACCCAAAAGUACAGGUACAUAUACUUCUUUCGGGUUUGCGGCAGGGUGCGUUCGCGUACGAGCUCGCCCGCCAUGAGAUCAAUGACCUGGAAGAAGUCAAGAAGGUGGCCCAGGAGUACAUGCGAAUCGAAGAGUACAAAGGAAGCCGAGUUGAUGACGCCCACAGUCAAGAAAAGGCAGUCAGUCGUCAGACACACGCCGUCCUACAAACGGAGUAUAAGGAAGAAUCCAAAAGGACCCAGCAGCCUCAGAAUCCGCCUAAAGAAAACAUCAUGUACUGCAAGUUCCAUCGCAGCAACGGUCAUAACACUGAGCAGUGCAGGCACCUCAAAGACGAAAUUGAUGAACUCAUCAAAAGCGGAGCGCAGAGGCGCGGAGGAGACGACCCACGCCCUUCUGGAACAGGAAGGCGAUAUCGUGAGCGCAACAAAUCGCCUGAAAGAAGGAGAACGAAUCAAUCUGGCUCCAGACCCUCCUACAACCGUGAUAGGAGAGAAGAUUCCCCCAGGAAUCGCAGAGCGCAAGCAAGCCCAAACCGUAGAGUGAGGCGUGAAGAAGUAGACGAAGACUCAGCCGCGGUGAAGCACAGAGUGAUAAACAUGAUUUCAGGCGGACUGAGCGGAGGAGGAGAGACUGCGAACGCCAGAAAGAAACACUUGAAGCAGUGUCUGGCGGUCGCUGGCAAAGUCAUUAGCAAAGCAAAGAACAGCCCGGGUCCAACCAGGCCUCAAAUUGUUUGGGACAGCAGCGAUUUGGGCGAUGUCCUCCCAGGACAUGACGAUCCACUCGUCAUUCAAGCUAUAAUCGCCAACUUCGGCGUUAAUCGCGUUUUUAUUGACCACGGCAGCUCAGCCGACAUUUUGUUUUUACCAUGCUUUAAAGCGUUAGGGUUUACUGUUGAUAGUUUAACUCCUGUUACAGGUGAACUCUCAUGUUUCAAUGCUACCACCACAAAGCCACUGGGAGUGAUUACCUUGCGGCUUUCCCUUGGAACGCCACCCACCUCACGAUCCGCAGACAUCCAAUUUUUGGUGCUCGACACCUCAUCAGCUUACAACGCCAUUCUUGGUAGAAGGAUGUUUGCUGCCUUCGAGGCAAGCAUCUCACACCCCCACUUGGUAAUGAAGUUCGUCGCCAGGGACAACAAAGUCGCCACGGUGCGGGGAGACCAAACGAUAGCCCGAAGCUGCUACAACAUAUCCUUGCGGCCAAUGGCCAAAGCUAGUUUCAAUGAUGAAAGGGCGCCCAAGCAGAGGAUGACCUCGCCAGCAGAAAGAAAUCCAGGCGAGGAGACAAAGGAGCGUGACCAAUGUUUUUUGGUAGGAUUUGAUGCCAGAGAUGAUCCGCGCGUGGAACAUGACAGACCCAGGCUUGAUGGGGCGUUGGAACAUGUUGUAUUAGGAGACGCGGAUCAUCAAACAACAACCAUCGGGGCCACCAUCGACCCCGAAAUGAAAUGCAAGUUAAUCAAGUUGCUCAAGGAUAACAAAGAUUUGUUUGCAUGGAAGCCUUCUGACAUGCUGGGUAUCAAUCCAGACGUUUGCUGCCACCGUUUGUCGGUGGAUCCCAAAGCCAAGCCAGUCGCCCAGAAAAAGAGGAAAUUCGGUCCCGACCGCCUGAGGGUGAUUGAUGAAGAAGUCAAAAGGCUCCACGUCGCCGGGUUCAAUAGGGAAAUCAAGUACACAACUUGGUUAUCCAACCCAGUAUUGGUUAAAAAACCAAACGGCGCAUGGAGAAUGUGCGUUGACUACACCGACCUAAACAAAGUCUGUCCAAAGGAUGCUUACCCUUUUCCUAGCAUUGAUCAGUUGGUCGACAACGCGUCCGGAUUCAAAAUGCUGUCAUUCAUGGACGCAUAUUCUGGUUAUAAUCAGAUUCCACUUCUUUAA